AUGUCGACCAGACAAAACUUACGAAGCUGGGAGAUCUUACUAACUCUGUUGUUCAUUGUACCAGUUUCAAGAUCAGAACAGAAUAUCGCUUUGACGGGAAUUGCACAACAAUCGUCGAACCAAGACGAGAGAUGGACAGCAGGAAAGGCUAAAGACAAUUGCGUUAACCAAGAUAUCACACAAAAUUGCUGUGUUCACACAGCAGCCGGAGUAUACAAACAAGCCUGGUGGCGUGUGGAUUUAAUGCAGAUAAAAACAAUACAAUACAUAACGAUAUACUACAGAUCAGGUAGUGGAUACCGAUUUGGUGGAUACUCAGUAUACGUGUCAAACUCCACCGACCCCACGCCGCAAGGCAUUCUUUGUUAUAAGGAUAACAGUAGUUUGUCUGAAGACGUAAACUUAAACCCGACUCACCUGUGUCCAUACGUAGCUCAGUAUGUGACUGUCUACAAUCACAGAGAGGAACCAAAACGACACGACUGGUAUAGUAACGAUGCUGUUCUGGAAUUGUGUGAAGUUCAAGUCUUAGGCUGCCCAAUCGGAAAGUAUGGUAAUGGAAAUUGUAACAAUUACUGUUCAGAAAGCUGUUAUAGAGGAAAUUGUAACGCUAUAACUGGAUCCUGCUUCUAUUGUUUCCCCGGAAUGUUUGGUGAUUUCUGUGAACAGCCUUGCUCUGCUAACUGUAAAAUCACUUGCGUUAAAGAUACAGGUCAUUGUAUAGAAUGUAUUAAUGGAAAGCAUGGUGACUUGUGUGACGUUGAUUGUUCUGACAACUGUAAGAACAAAUCAUGCAUGAAGGAAACCGGAUAUUGCUUAGAAUGUGUCCCUGGAAAAUAUGGUGAUGAUUGUGCAGCUGAUUGUUCUGUCAACUGUAAGGACAAAACAUGCAUGAAGAACGACGGGACUUGUAUAGAAUGUGUUCUUGGAAAACAUGGUGAUAAUUGUGCAGUUAAUUGCUCUGACAACUGUAAAAACAAAAACUGCACUAGGAGCGAUGGACAUUGUAUAGGAUGCAUUCCUGGUAAAAAGGGGGAAUUAUGUGACACCAGCUGCUCUUCUCAUUGCGUGACAUGUGACCAGACGUCCGCACAAUGUUUCCAAUGUAUUCCUGGGAAACACGGUGAUCAGUGUUCAAAUGAUUGCUCAGACAACUGUAAAGACAAUACAUGCAUGAAAAGCAAUGGACAUUGUAUAGCAUGUAAUCCUGGAAAAUACGGCCCCUCCUGUUCAAUGGAUUGUCUGGGUCAAUGCAAAGACAACAUUUGCCAACAAAUCGAUAGCACAUGUACAGAUUGUCAUGAUGGAAAACAUGGAUCGUUUUGUAACAUCAGUUGCUCCGAGAAUUGUCUGAAUAACCGCUGCAAUGCCGAGAGUGGAGAUUGUGAAGAGUGUACGGGUGGUUUACAUGGUGGAAACUGUAGCAUGCCAUGUGGAAACUGCAAUAGAUGUGUGAGGGACACAGGGUAUUGUCUAUCUGUCUGCUCUGCUGGAUUCGAAGGAAAUACAUGUCAGAUGAAAGUAUUGCAGACCGUGACAUCGGAUGGUAAUACUGGGACGAUCGUAGGGGUUGUUGUUGGGCUACUUCUCCUGGCUGUUAUAAUAUCAACCAGUGUGUUCCUUAUCAGAAGAAGCAGACAAAAUUCAACAAAAGAGGACUCAUUUGAUGAUAUAGGCAGAAAAAAGAUAACUCGAUCACCACAUCACAACUACAUCUAUGAGCCAGAUGAUUACUCCGCAGAACCCGUGACGGAACAAGGAAACGUUUAUGAAGUUGUUGAUGAUGGAUCCAAAGAAGAAACCCCGGCAGGUCACGGGAACGUUUAUGUCAACGCUAGUGAUAUAGCAAAAGUGGAAAAUACCACAGAGAUCCCGACAAAUCAUGAUAACGUUUACGUCAAUGCUAAUGAUGUAGAUAAAGACAGCUCCGCAAACGUAUGCGACAAUUGCGGUCCUGUCAGUAUAGCUAUUUCCGAUCUUAAAGCUAUGGUCAAAGCCAAGAUGCUUAAUGAGGCAAAAGUAUUUGAAGACGAAUACGCGUCACUACCUUCCGGAGCUAUACAUGCACACAACAUUGGGAUGUUGACUGAAAACAGGAUGAAGAACAGAUUUAAGUCUACGUUUCCCUAUGAUCAUUCCCGCGUGAUUCUUGACAAACUGGACAAUGACCCUCAUUCAGACUACAUCAACGCAAACUACAUUGAUAGUGUCAUAUUACCUGCAGAGUAUAUCGCAACACAAGGUCCGACGGACAAAAUUGUAGAUGACCUGUGGCGUAUGAUCUGGCAGCUUAAAUCUGGGAAAAUCGUUAUGCUAACCAACCUUAUUGAAGGAACAAAGAAAAAGUGUGCGAAAUACUGGCCUGAUGAGGGCGAGCCGAUGUCUACAAACCAUUUCAACAUCGUUCUGGACAGAGAAAGGGUCUACGCCUUCUAUGUGAUCCGGGAUAUCAUUCUCACAGAAAAGAAGACCAAAUCCAUGCGGCAAAUACACCAGUUUCACUUCACCACGUGGCCAGACCACGGAACUCCGGACCCCAAUGAACUGGUUGUCUUCCAUCGUCGUGUGAAACAUUACAAGAAUACUUUGACAGGAAAGAUGGUGGUCCAUUGCAGUGCAGGUAUAGGACGAACAGGAACGUUCAUCGCGCUAGAUGCUUUGUUAGAGCACGGCAAAACAAGUGGAAUGAUUGACGUCUUGGGUUACAUUCGAACCAUGAGGAAGGACAGGGUCAAUAUGGUUCAAACCAGUGACCAGUAUAUCGCUAUUCACAACCUCCUGGUUGAAGCCUUUGCCAUGCCAGACACCCUUAUAUCGAGCAUGAAGUACCAUACAACACUUAGGAGUCUUUGCAAUGAUGCACCCGUCAAUCUAACAAAACUAUGGGGAGAGUACAAGGUGACACAAGAGCUGAAGCCAACGUAUACCCAGAGCGACUAUAAAACAGCAGUUCUUCCCACUAAUAGGAAUAAGAACAGGGACCCAAAUGUCUUAGCAGUUGAUAAGUUCAGACCUUACUUGACUUCAGCCUCUUCUGGUAGAACAAAUUAUAUCAACGCCGUGGCAGUUCCUUCCUACACGUCCAGAACCGGUUACAUAGUUACUCAAACUCCUUUAGAGGACACCGUGGUUGAUCUGAUGACAAUGAUAAUGGACCACAGUUGUGAUACCAUCGUUAUCAUUGAAAACGAUCACGUCAAAUGGUUGCCACAAGAAGAAAAGGAUAUAACAAUCGGAUCCUUCCAACUGACGCAUGAAGGAGGAUCCUCAGUUCUGGCUAAUAUAGAUUUGAUGGAUGUGGCGAUCUCUAAUCAAGACCAGAGAUAUGAUGCCAAAAUCAGGGUGUUCCACAUGACUGGUUGGGAUAGACACGUGUCGGUCCCGCCGGAUUUCCCAGGUCUCCUUCAGCUUUUAGAACUAGUUGACAGCAGAAGAAAAUCAAAUCGCUCGAAAAAAACAAUAGUUAUGAGCAGAGACGGUUAUUCCCAGAGCGGACUAUUUUGCUGUAUCAGCAACGCUAGAGACCAAAUGAAGAUUGACGAGGAGGUCGACAUGUUUCAGAUAUCUAGACAAUUGCUUUUUAGACGCCCGGAAUUCAUCACGAACUAUGACCAGUACCAGUGUUGUUACAAUAUGAUAAAGGAGUACCUGGACACUACAGACGUUUAUAUGAACUAACUCAGUUAGACAAAUACCAGUGUUAUAACAACAUUGUGAAGGUGUACCUGGACAUUACAUAUUAUUACUGGCACGCAAGAUGUCCUCAAGUGUUUGCGGACGGACUACGAGAGCCUGUACGCGACGGAUCAGGAAUGUAUAACGAGGAACAUUAUGAUAUGGUUAAGGAGCGUGUUGCAAAAAAGACUCGGUUGCAUUAAAGCAUAAUCUGGGUAUUUCGGUCCUUAACGCACCGAUUCAACGUCAGAAAGUUAUGGAAGCACUACGGCGUACAAAAAUUGGAAAAGCUGCAAGUAUCGACAAUAUUCCUGCGGAAGGGCUCAAAAACGAUGCUUGUGUGGAUAUUAUGUUUUCAUUAAUUAGUCAUUGUUUUAACUAUGGAGUUGUUCCGCAUAAAUGGAAACAAGGUUUGAUCAAUCCGAUCGUAAAACCAAACAGCACUCACCCUAUGAAAUCCAUUAUCCUAUCGGUGUAUAACCUUGUUGUCCGUUCCCUGUAAGGUCUAUUGUGCUAUCCUCAACCGUCGUCUUAGCGCCUGGCUGGAAAUCUACACGAUGCUCAAAACGGUUUUUGCAAGGACAGAAGUUGUCAUGAUCAUUGUACACUCGCUUUAUAAUAUCGUGAAAAACCGAAUAAAUGCU